CGGACAUUUCUGCUGGGGCGUUACAGACACUACAGACACUCAGGAAAUUAUCAUCCUUCCGCUUAUCUCCGGCUUUUGUUGUGCUUCCAGGGACGCGCGGUGCUGUUUCGAGCACCUCCGUUACAUAAGUUUCAGUGCUGGCCCCGUCCCUCUGCCUCUCUGGACUCAUUUAUGGUGGCUCAACAUCCACAGCCAUGAGGAAAAAGUCCAGCGUUGUGCUGCGUCCCAAACGUGGCAGGCAGGCUGGUCCCAGCCAGCCCUGUGCUGCCGAUCCAUCCAGCGCACCGCCAGACCCUGAAGCAGCUCGGGCCUCGGGGAUCAGAUGUCUCACCAUGUCGCAGCACAACCAGAACCUCCUCAAGUUCCUGGACGAGGACCGGAGCCGGCAGAAGUUCUGCGACGUGUCGGUGUCCGUGGGCGGGAAGGUCUACAGGGCCCACAAGGUGGUGUUGGCCCACGGGAGCAGCUACUUCCACGCCGAACUGUCCAAGAACCCCGCCGCAGCAGCACACCUGACCCUGGACCACGUGGAGGACUCUGUCUUCCAGCAUCUGCUGGGCUUCCUGUACACGGCCGAGUGUGUGGUCGCAGACGCCGACCUCCCGGCUCUAACUGAAGCAGCGAGAUUCCUGGACAUGAUGGAUAUCUUGAAGCUGCUAUGUGAAGAAGGGCAGGUGCAGCCCGAGACGGGAGAGUCUCUGAAAGGGGAGACCUCCUGCUGUGACUCAUCGGCGGCCGACAAACACACCCAGAAUCCUCCGGGCUUCACCUGCAUCCUGUGCAGCCUCCAGUUCGGCAGCGACAGCUCCCUGUGGAGCCACUUCGCCGAGAGUCACGUAGACGUGCAGCAGCAAGCCUCGACUGAAGAAGAGAUGACGGCGAGUCAGAGGAGCGCAUCCACGCGCCGGUCGCCCCGCAGGAGGAGGACCCCCACAAAGUACAAGAGGGACGGCGUGGAGCACUCCGCCGAUGCCCCCGAGGACGAAAAACAAAGGUCUGCAUCGCUGAUUCAGCCAGACGGAGUCACAGAGGCAGGAGAGGCGCCCGUGGAGAAGGAGGAGGCAAACGAGACUCUGAAAGACGCUCGACAGGUUGAAGCGAUGGAGGAGGAGGACGAGGAGGAAGAACGCGGAGACGUUGGCGCAAAUGCCGCCGUUCGGAAGGACGACGGCGUGAACGGGAGCAGCGCAGGUCGGUCCGCUGAUCGGCAGGCCAAGGGGACGUCCGGCUGGAGCCCGGCGUACCCCGAAGGCCUCGCCCCCAUCGUCAUCCAGAGCGGCACCAGGAGGAUGCUGCAGUGCCCCAAAUGUGACAAGAUCUUCGACCGCGCAGGGAAGUACGAGAGUCACACCCGGGUGCACACGGGGGAGAAGCCUUUCCAGUGCGACGUCUGCCUGCAGCGCUACUCCACCAAGUCCAACCUGACCGUGCACAAGAAGAAGCACGCCGACGACGCCCCCUUCCAGCCGAAGGAGCACCAGUGCCCGUUCUGCAGCAAGCUACACGCCAGCAGGAAAACCCUGGCCAAGCACGUCCGGAGGUUUCAUCCAGAUCACAUCCAAGAGUUUCUCAGCAAGAACAAACGGAAGAGUGAAGGCUGGAAAUGUGCUAUUUGCUUGAAGACCUUCACCCGCAGGCCUCACCUGCAGGAACACAUGAUCCUGCACACCCAGGCCCGGCCUUUCAAAUGCUCCUUCUGCGACGAAUACUUCAGAUCCCGGUUUGCCAGGCUCAAGCAUCAGGAGAAGUACCACUUAGGUCCGUUUCCCUGCGAGAUCUGCGGCCGUCAGUUUAAUGACACGGGCAACAGAAAGAGACACAUCGAGUGCACGCAUGGAGGCAAGAGGAAGUGGACCUGCUUCGUUUGUGGGAAGUCGGUGAGGGAGAGAACAACGCUGAGGGAGCACCUGAGGAUCCACAGUGGGGAGAAGCCCUAUCUCUGCAGCAUCUGUGGUCAGAGUUUCCGGCACGGCAGCUCCUACAGGCUCCACCUCCGGGUCCACCACGACGACAAGCGCUACGAGUGCAACGAGUGUGGAAAGACCUUCAUCCGCCACGAUCACCUGACCAAGCACCAGAAAAUACACUCCGGUGAGAAAGCACACCAAUGUGAAGAAUGUGGCAAAUGCUUCAGGCGCCACGAUCACCUGACAGUCCACUACAAAAGCGUUCAUCUCGGGGAGAAAGUCUGGCAGAAGUAUAAAACUGCGAUACACCAGUGUGAGGUUUGCAAGAAAGAAUUUAAAGGAAAAUCCAGUCUGGAAAUGCAUUUUAGGACUCACUCAGGCGAGAAGCCCCACAGGUGUCCCGAGUGCCAUCAGACGUUCCGGAUCAAGAAGACCCUGACCAAGCACAUGGUGAUCCACUCUGACGCUCGUCCCUUCAACUGCCCCCACUGCAGCGCCACCUUCAAAAGAAAAGACAAGCUCAAGUAUCACGUCGACCACGUGCACAGCGCCCGCUUCCUGGAGCAGCCCCUCGCCGCGCUCGCCGAGGGCAAAAUGGACUCCGCCCCCUUUGAGGAAACCUCCAAAACGUACCAAAGCGAAGCCAAGUCGGCGUUGCAGAGCACGCCGUCCCCCACGGGCGCCUGCGUUCCCGUGACUUUAGUCCCCGUCCAGCUGGCAGGAGGACCGGAGGCGGACCUGAACGCCCACCGGGCGUCGUCCCUGUCCUCCCAGACGCACGGCGUGGUCAGCCUGCAGGCCGACGGGCCGCCGCAGCAGAACCCCGGCUACCAGGCCGCCGCCGCCGCCGCCGACCUGGCCUUCCUGGACAAGUACACCCUCACCCCGCAGCCCGCCAACAUCGCCCACCCGGUGAGGGCCGACCCCAUGCUGGACCCGCGGGAGCAGUCCUACCUGGGCACCCUGCUGGGUCUGGAUUCAGCCUCCUCUGUGACGAACAUCCCCAACUCGGAUCACCCUCACUGACGUCAAUCCUCCCAACAAGACUCUCUAGGCACAAAAUUCAAGUGGAAGAUUAAACCGGUUCAUGGUUUACCUCCUCCAGCAAUCCUGAACUGUACAGUGUGUCUGUAAACUUUUCACAUCUCUUCAUUUUUCCACAUUUUGUUAUGUUGCAGCCUUGUUCUAAUCUGGAAUAAAUAUUUUUUUUCCUCGUAA